CUCGAGCAGAGGCACGACGAGUGGAGGCUCCUUUGAAAGCAAACGUACGACGAACACACAAACGAGAUGGCUGGCUUACCCCGAAAGGCCGGACAUUCUUCCCACUCCUUGCGGUAACGUUGCUUGUACUUCGGGCCUUGUUUCAUUACCCAUUUGUCGGCUUCGGGCUUGUCAUUCAUGGUCAACGUGCGGCCAGCGUAGCUACCGAUGUCAAUCAAAUGAGCUGAAGGGAAUAUACAGUCUCUGCCCUUGAACCAGCCAUGGGGGAGGCGACACAAGUCAGCUCACUGCCGCUGCCGCCAAUGCAGUAUGUUGGCCUCUACACAGAUGAAAACGUGCAGCGUGGACGAGCUCCAUCACCACCUAGGCCACUGCAUGAAGGCUACUCCAUGUUUGGUGCUCCAUUCCAUGGCGAUGAACCUGUCAUUCGCCCUUUGGAAAGCCAAGGUAUACGGCGACUAUACCCACAAAACUAUGAGCACAAGAAAGAGCUGAAGAAGCUCAACCACUCACUCCUUGUCAACUUCCUCGACAUGAUUGACAUCUUGAUACGGUGUCCUGACACUUCCAAGCGGCUAGAGAAGAAAGAUGACAUGAGCUUACUUUUCAUCCACAUGCAACACCUGAUCAAUGAGUACAGGCCUCACCAAGCCAGGGAGACCCUCCGAGUGCUGCUCGACAUGCAGAGGCGGCAGCGGCUGGACACAGCACAUAGAUUCCACAAGCACUUGGACAAGGUACGCGAAGUCCUACAGAAAGCAGUGAGUGUUCUCCCUGAACAAGAAGCAACUAGCACCUGGCAACAGCCAAUUCAGACCACAAGUGCAGCUGGAACCAUUCAGGGGCAGCCACCUGCACAGGGACACUGUCUCAGCCAAGACCGUAUUAUGUGUGGAAUAGUGGAUGCUCUGUGACUACAAUAGCUGGUACUGACUGCAGUGAACACAAAAGACACUCGUGAGACAAAGUGAACGGUGCAUAGAAGGCUUGAAGUUGAAGCACUGUGAAAACUGAUGCAAAGACACUCGUGAGACAUGGUGAACGGUGCAUAGAAGGCUUGAAGUUGAAGCACUGUGAAAACUGAUCCAAAGUGCAGAAAAAGGUGGGAAAGUUGAUCGUCUGUACAGUUAAAGUAACAUUCUGGAAGGGCAGUCGCCUCUUCCAGGAGCGGGCAACACGCGGCAGCCCUCCCCGAAACACUUACUUCUGCAGCUGACGGCAGGCGGCAACACAAGUUUAUGCUUGCACCGUCGCCAGCAGCAGCUUACAUCCCCAUAAGCGCAGGCAAAGUUUCACUUUAAUAACACUUGGCAAUGAACUGUGCCAACUGUUAUACUAAAUGACAUAGACUCCAAAAUGCGACCUUUCUACAAAAUUUGAGCAAGAACAGUGCAGCGGUGAAAUAUUCAGGACCGUGCAUUUUUAACAGAUCCUUUGAUUUACUUUAUUUUGCUUGAUUCAGCCACUCAGUAUGUACCGGUAAGGUGUGUGUCGGCUCUUGGCCAGCCUUGCAAAAUUACCAUAUCCCACUGUAAUUGCUACAUAAAACUCUUCAAACAAAACAAAACCAGUCUUUGUAAAGCAUAAAUGUCACCAAUAAACAGAUUCCAAUAUGUG